CUACCUUUUUAAUGGUUUUUACUAUUACGACAAGUUUCAGCGCGAGUUGUUUAAUUUCUACCCGCCUAGUUUCACAUUGUCAGAAAAAUCAUGUCAAAGCCAGUUUUGUAUUCCUACUUUAGAAGCUCUUGCUCAUGGAGAGUGAGAAUUGCUCUCAAUAUCAAAGGUAUUGAAUAUGAGUAUAAGGCAGUUAAUUUGAUAAAAGACGGAGGGAUGCAGAGAAAAGAGGAGUACAUAGCAGUGAACCCAAUGCAAAUGGUACCUGCCUUUGUUGUUGAUGGUGCCACUCUCACUCAGUCUAUACCAAUCAUGGAAUAUCUGGAAGAAAAGUACCCAUCUCCUGCAAUAUUGCCAAAGGAUUCUCUCCAAAGAGCUAAGGUAAGGGAAAUUUGUGAAAUUAUAGCAUCUGGAAUCCAGCCCAUUCAGAACUUGGUUGUCCUCCAGAAGGUUCAAAAAUUGUCCAAUGAAGAGGAGAAAGCAGAAUGGGCUAAGUUCUGGAUAAACAAGGGGUUUAUAGCUCUUGAAAAAUUGCUUGAAAAAUGUUCAGGUCAAUAUUGUGUGGGAGAUACUGUUACCAUGGCUGAUAUGUGUCUUGUGCCGCAAGUUGGGAAUGCCAAAAGGUUCAAGGUCGAUAUGAGUCCAUUCCCACUGAUUUCUAAGAUAAAUGAUGAGUUAGAAAAACUGGAAGCAUUCCAGAAAGCAAGCCCAUUUAAGCAACCAGAUUGUCCUGAAGAUUUGAAAGCUUGAAGCUUUUCAAGGAUGAACAAAACAUGUUCGGUUGCAUAAAAAUGUGUUCAGCAGCUAGACUCUGUAAAGUCUGAAAGGAGGCAAAUGACAAAUCUGAGAGGACAAGAAAAAAAGAUCUUAGUGUACCAAUGCAGCUAUUUACAAAAUCUGUUUUAUUAUAAAGACUUCGAGAUAUGUUUUUUUUUAAUAUCUGUAUUAUUUUGAUUUGAAAAUACAGUUUUUAAUACACUAACAGUUUUUACUCUUCUUGUUUAAUUCUUCCAAUAGAUGAAUUUUCAGUGACAAAAAAGUUAUUUCCCUUGUUGGGUCAAUUUGGGGUCAAUUGGUAUUAUAAAAGGGCAUGCAAAUCUAUGCAAUCAAAAAUAAAUGGACGUUCCUUUAUUGAUUACCAUUCUAUUCUCUUGUGCAAUGUAUCAAUAUUUUAUCAUGCAGAGGAGUUGCAUAAAUCAGACAGUUUAAAAAAAAAAAGCCUUUAAAUUGUUUUAUUAAAAAGUGAAAAUCAAAUGUAUCCAUAUACAGUGAGAAUUUUUUUUUUUGGGGGGGGGGGGGCAAAAAAUUAUCUCGAAUCACGGAUUAUUAUCUUGUGCGCUCGACAUGAUACAUUACCGAUCAGACCCAACCUAACAGGAAGUAAACCCCAACUAAACCCUGGGUUUACUUUAUGGGUUUACUAGAGUGGACACAGAGAGUAAAGCAGUCAGAAGUAUACCCCUGAAAGCAGACGCUAACUGUGUAUUCGGAAUAUACAAAGUGUAGGAAUUACGGGCAGGGGGAUGGUAAGAUAAAAUACUAGUCUGCUUCACGCUUCAGUGCAUGCAGUUGACUUCAAAAGGAAUUUAGCCAAAAGUAAACCCGGGGUUUAGUUGGGGUUUUCUUUGGUGUUAGGUUGGGUCUGAUCGGUACUGUAUAUCUCAUGCACUUGACUUAUAAUCUUGUGCGUGACAUAUAAUUUAUUAACUAUAAAAAAGUUUAAUUAGAUUUAAGAUUAUCUGAAAAAAAUCUAUAUACAGUGUACCUAAUUGUAUAUACAUGUACCUAUAUGUAUGUCCUAAAUGUACCACCGUAUCAGUUAACUUUAUUUUGAAAAAAAUAUGCUACACGAAAAUCAAUUCAUGAGAAGGUUUAAAGUGCACCUGUCAUUAAUUUAAGUGCGUUAAAUAUUGUUUUUGUAAAUACAUGUAGUUUAACUGAUACUCAUCCCAGAUCCUUCUGCAUGCAUGUGAUGAUUUUUUUCGCAUGGUUUAGAUUAUGUAAUUUUAAGGAUUUUGCUUUGAAAUGAAUUAAAAUUGCAUUAAUCUU